AUGAAAAUCACCGCCCUCGCGCUCAGCACCCUCGGCCUCGCCAGCCUCACUGCUGGCCAGAAUGGCAAUGAUCCGCUCAUCCUGAAUAACCGCACUGGCUUAGCUCCUGUAGUGUACGACACAUUCUCCACCUCGUACACCACCUCUAACGAGCCUGUCGACAACGGCAUGAUCAUGACUGUCCCGGUUACGCCUUCGCCUGUACGUUCCAACACGUUCCUCUUCAAGCCCACCACCUCCGUCAAGUGCUGGCGCAACGGGUAUCCCUGCGGUCAGAACGGUGGUAAGCGCUCUCAGCGCCGCGCCACCGUGUUCGCUCGCGCUACUCCGACCAUCGACGAGGUUCACGUUACUUUACCGCCAGCUUGGGAAUCUCAUCGUGUCCCACUGCCGGAGUUUUUCAGCACUCGUACCGACGUUCAACUUUCUGGUCAGACCGAAGUCCUUGCUGAGAUGGGCGAGAUGACGAUAGGCAUCCUUCCUAUCCCCACUGAGUUCACUGGCGAAAAGCACUACGACGCUCCUCCGAGCGAGACCGAUGCUUUCUUCUCCAUCUUACCAAUCUCAACGCCCACAGUUAUCGUGCCUACACUCACCACGUCUGUCGUUAUUCCUCCUGUCGCUAAGCCCACAGGCACGCCCACUACGACCAGCGGCCUUGCGAUUCCUCCGAAGCCUAAGGAGACCAUCGUCGAUUCUUUCCUCGGUUUCACUACAAAGGGCUUCGCUAUUCCUCCUGAGUUGACUGCCCGUGGAGUGCCUAUUGACUGGUGGCGCGGCCCUGGUCAGCCCGUCGGCCCCGAUGCUCCUCUCGUCCCAGAGGAGGGCAUCGUUGGUUCUAUCCAGCGUCACUCGGUUACCUCCUCUGGUCCCUCUGGGCCCCCCUCCAUGCGCCCUAUUGUUUCUCCGGUUUCCACGGACGCCUGCUUCCAUCACUACUGUCCCUCUGGGAAGGAGACGAGCACGAAGGUGCUGGAGACUACGAUACGCACUACCUUCAAGCCUGUUGCGCCAACGGGUGCGGUUGUGUCAAGCUUCCCGGCUGUGCCGCCGAACACGUCGACCUUGGUCGUUUGA